AUGGAACCAGAUGAUCGUUCUACGAAACGUCGGCGGAGAACCCGACUUGCUUGCCAGGAAUGCCGGGAUAGAAAAAUUCGUUGUGAUGGCGCGACUCCUCUGUGCGACUCUUGCCGGCGUAAAAAUGUUGAUCCUCAACGUUGCGUGUAUCCGGAUGCGGAGAAUAGCUUGGGUUCGGGGAAUGCGUAUAGUCGACAAGAUGUUGUUGGCGUCAAUUCGCCGCAUUCGAGACUUAGACAAGAUGCAGCAUAUGGGGAUCUGUAUACGAACGUGCCAAAUGGGCAUCUAUCAACGUGGCAUGAGAGGAGGUUUUUACAAAGAACACCGUCUACUAGAAUCGAUGAUCCACGGGAACCAAGUCGCAAUACAGGACCAACAGAUGUUGCAGAAACUGCCCAUUCCAACACGACCAGUCAAUCAAUACCGGCUAUGCCAGAAAGUCGGCGUCAGUCGUCAACGGAAUGGCAACCACUUUCAUCUCCCACACAUUCUGAGCAGCAGCAACAGCAGUUCUCAUAUAUCGCUAAUGGAACCAGGGAAAAUGAUGUGUCACAUCCCACUAUCGAAGUAGAAAAUGGAGAGCAACAAUACGAAGAAAUAUCCCCGCGUGUCGUUGGAAGCUCAAGUGCUUUUGGCUUUAUAGAAAAUGUGCAUGAAGCUCUUCGUGGGCCCUCGAAAAGAAAAGUAGAUUCUCUUCGAUCAAACGAAAUAUACGAUACAGUCAGCCAUUUCGGCACCUCUGUUCGCUCAAACAGAUUCCAAAGGCCGCUGCAGACAAUGAACACGUCGGUAGCUGACCUGUCGCUUCCUCCGCGAUCCGUGGCAGAUCAUCUCUUAGCAAAGUAUUGGAAUGAAAUACACAGUAUGAAUCCGAUAUUCCAUGAGCAAAUAUUUAUGAAACGGUACAACCGUCUAUUCAGCGAAGGUCCGACUAUAAGACCAUCUCGUACCGGGUCAUUGUUAGAGGUGGAACUCUUACCGUGUGAUCGGAUUUUCCAAGCGACCCUCAACCUGGCCCUUGCCAUUGUGUAUCUGCGCACGAGUUCCGGCACUCCUAAUGACCACGAAACUGCGCAGGAAGCCUUUUUCGACCGUGCAGAAAGGCUGCUGACUCCGGAUCUCAUGCAGUUGGAAUCGUUACAAUUAGUUCAGGCUCUAGUGCUCAAAGCGACCUAUCUUCGAGAGGCAGACAUGUCGAACCGGUCAUGGAUUGCUGUUGGGGUAGCGAUUCGUACUGCUCAAGCGAUCGGCCUAUAUGUUGAAAACAAUAAGGGAAGCCAAGCAGAAAGAGAGCAACGGAGACGUGUGUGGUAUGCAUGCGUGAUCAUGGACAGGACUCAGAGCAUGACGUAUGGGAGACCUCCUAUGAUAACCGGAAUACCCACAGUCUCCCAUCCAAAGGCAAUCGAUGAUGAGUAUCUUAGUAUUGAUCCUACAGAACAAGACAGAAAUCAACCGCCCGAUAGACCAUCUCGAGUGGCAUUUUUUGUCCACACACUUCGCUUAUCCGAUGUUGCAUCUCGAAUUCGACAGUUAUUUUAUGGCUCCAGACAAGAACCAAAGGUAGCCGAGCGCUGCCACGCUUCGAGAAAGCCGUACGCUGAGAUAAUUGAACUAGAUGCUGAUCUAGGGAAGUGGUAUGAUCAAGUUCCCAACUAUUUGCUUGAUGAGGACUCUAUACCAGACCACCACAGGAAUUGCUUUAUUCGUCAACGUAUAAGCCUGAGAUGCCAGUUUUUACAUUGGAGGUUGGUCCUCUUUAGAGGAUUACUAGUUGAUUUCGCAAGGGAGAGCUCAUCAAGCUUGCAUGAUUCCACUGGCACACCGUUGCAAAUUAUACUGUCCCGUGGCUGUGUUGAAAUCUGCAUUCAUACAGCUCAGCGGUUACUUGACACAAUUGAACCGCAAUUAGGAACGGAUCGACUUCCUGCUGGCUGGUUCAUAGCUUCAUUUCAUUUAUACAACAUAGGCGCAAUAAUUGCUCUUUCUCUCCUGAGCCCCGGCUUGCGAAGUUUGUUCAAUGACCUGACAUUGCAAGAUCUUCAACAAGCGUGGUGGCAGUGCUUGAACUGUCUGAAGAAAUGUGACCGUCUCGGUGUUCGAUUUGCGCAGGGCUGUAUCAUUAAGCUACGAAGAAUGUUUGAAGAGAAUGAAGGAGGAGCACAGACUCAGAUCCGUACUUCAGAAGCAUAUGCCACAGAUUGUGUAAACGAAAGUGGCACAGUUUGGGAUGGUGGGCAGCGGGCAGAAAAUCCGAACAAUUUCUCACAUUCUGAAUCUUUUCCCCCCAAAAAUCCUCAAGAUAUGAUAACGAGCGCCCAGAAUGGAAUGGUGGAUAUGUGGUGGACAAGCCAGGACCUUCAGUGGAUGAACAACUUUGACCUUUCACACUUGGAGACAAACGUGGAGGAGCCUGCUGAGCUGCGCGAUUUCUUCUGA